AUGCCAAUAGAUUUAAGACCACUUCAAAUUCAUAUAUUGACUUCCAAGCUUUUACAAAUAAAUUAUAUAAAAAAGGAACCAAAAUGGUUUAGACCAAUUGUAGAAGCACCGCCGAGCUUUAAUUUAUUACGAAGAUUACCACCACAAUUUCUUAAAAUAAAAAAAUCACUAAAGCCAAAACUUCUACGGCCACAAAAUAUUGAAUAUCCAGAAGAUCAGCUCAGAAGAAGAUUUUUUAAAGAUCAUCCAUGGGAAUUAGCUAGACCAAGAAAUCUAAUAGAAUAUAAUGAAAAAAAUACAGAACAUUAUGACUGGAGUCAGCUUCAUCAAAAAGCAAAACCUCUAGAUGGAGAAAGUGUUGUACAAAGACAAUUUUGGUUAAUGACAUAUGCAAAACCUAAACGAACGGAAGAGAAUGCAUAUACAGAAGCACUUUCAGAAUUUUAUGUUGCAAGAGCACAAGAACAAAUAUUACAAAUAGUUUCAGAAGAUGAAGCUAAAAUGCAUGGCGCAAAAUUCGAUAAAUCUCAUAUCGAAAUUGGUAUAAUAUUAGAACAAAAUAUACUUAAAAUCUGGAGAAAAAAAGCAACAUUGCAGUCAUAUCUUCAAAAAAAAAGAUAUAACAAUAUAAACACUUAAGAAAUAUAAAUAAAAGAUAUUCCAAAAUUUAUCUUAAUCAUAAUAUAUAUAAUUAUAUAUUAUAAAAAAAG